ACAGGACGUACGGACGAUAUAAAAGGCUUGAGGACACGAUGUUAUCGGUGCACUCCUCACUCGAGCUGUGUUUCACAAACAAUUAUCGAAGAUCAAUAUGACAACAAUUUUCGUGAUUUUUCCACUACUGAUUGCAUCGAUAUCCGCUUCUAUCGAACACAUUGGACCCUACGGCUAUCGUGGACCCCCCGCGCCACUUUCCAACGAUGGUAGAGUAAUCGAAACACCGGAAGUGGCCCACGCAAGAGCUGCACAUUUAGCUGCAUAUGCAGUUGCUGCUCAAGCAUCGAUCAGAGCUCCGCCGUCUGAUUCCGGGAGUGAUUUAUUAUUGAAUAAAGAUGAUACAUCAGAGUCUAGUGAUGUAUCAUCGAGUGAACCAUUUACGAGUGCGUGGGAUGAGCCAGCUCCCCUGGGAGAAGACGGUCGCGUCGUCGAUACAACAGAGGUUUCCCGGGUCAAGGCCGCUCACCUGGCUGCUCAUGCUGAGGCAUUAAAAAAUAUUGAAAGCCCCUAUCGCGAAGCUGCAAUUUUGUGGAAGGACAAUGUCGAUGUUAAUCGCUUAGUUCUAGUGCCUUCACACGUUGCCUUCGCAAUUCAUCGUCGAAACUCGAUAUAUCGUGGCCCAUCGGCACCAUUGGCACCGGAUGGUGCCGUCAUCGAUACGAGAGAAGUUGCUGAAGCCAGAGCUGCACAUCUUCGUGCACAUGCCGUUGCACUUGCCAAUACAGAACCGAUUAACGAUAAUUGUCACUGCUGAGAGUUUAACGCACAUAAAUUUCGUUCCUGUUACCUAUCUCUCGGUUCAUCUAUUGAUGCUGUAGCCAAUAAGAGUGAAUAAUAGUAAUAGCAAUAGAGGUGAAAAAUGUGACAUUGUCAAUAAAAGAAAGUCUUUGUGACAGAGAGAUAGGAGUGGAUAAGUGCGGCCUUGUCAAAUGCAGUAACUGCCGUGUUCCCGUGAUCGAUAAUUGAUUAUGCACCGUAGAAAUAACAGAGAAGUAAUACAAUAUCGAUUGACCGUGACGACCCGUGAACUGGCCAUGGAGUUUAUUUCACCGCACCUUCAUAAUAAAUUAUCUACCAAAUUCUUAUAAUCAGAUAAGUGUAUUGAUUUUAUUUUCAAUUUGUUGGUCAGAAUCAGAAUAAUAUCUCAAUUUACAGAGUUGCUAUUCAAUUGUAAGAAUGAAAAAAAAAAGAAUAAAAUAUAUGCGGAAGCGCGAAAUGUUAAAUUUGACGAUGAUUUACUAGAGAAAAAUUUUCGUAUGUAAUUUAUACUUAAUCAGAAAUUAUAAAAUCGAGAUCACACUGAUUGGAGGCACCAGUAGGUUCUUCCUUUGAGGUAGAGGAAUUAACAAGACCCAAGUAUUUGAAUGACGAAUAAUGGAUGAAACAAUUCAAUAAUUAUGCGCAUUCCAUGAGCCAUCAUGCGCUGGUCCGUCCCAAGCUGGAUUGUAUGCACCGGUGUCAUAUUGACCGUGAGGAGGACCACCACUGAUAGGAGCACCAGCAGCUGGUGCAUACUGGGCGGCAGCAUUGUAGAGGGAAAAAUGAUGAGCUUUGGCUGCAGCAACCUCGGGUGUAUCAACUACUCGGCCAUCGGGGCCAAGUGGAGCUGGGGGACCGCUGAAAUAAAACGAAAAUCCUCCCUCAAUGAAAUAAAUCCGGAAAUUAUAAACAAUCACGUUAAAUUCGAUUUUCUGACGAGCAAUGAGUACGUGAAUAGCACAUAAUAAUUUAAGCACUCGGUGAUUAUGGAAUAUGGAUGAGCCUACUGAUAGCGUGUUCCAUACUGUGCGCCGGGAGCAUAAGGAGCUGGUGAUCCAUUCCAUCCACGAUUCCAUUCAUUCGAAGUGUAACUCGAUGGUGCACUUCCAGCUCUAGCAGAGGCAUCAGCAAGAGCAGCCAAAUGUGAAGCUUUUGCUGCCUGAACUUCCGGAGUAUCCACGACCCGGCCGUCGGCUCCCAGCGGUGCAGCACCAUGAUGACUUGCAUACUGACUACCGUAUCCCCACUGAGGUUCGCUCAGGACGAGCGUAAUCAGGCAGCCGAAGUGUAGAAU